AUCACCCUUGGCCUGCCUCCUUCAACGACGGCGCUCGAGCCCACAUUGCGAUCCCCGCGCGCUGCCUCGAGCUUCAGCUCCUGAGCUGCUGACAUACCCUCCCGUAUUUCAUGAUCGCAACCCAGCAAUAAUGGCUGAGCCAUCGAACCUUCAAGCUGCCUCCGGGCCCGGAGCUGCUUCGACUCUGGACAACACCACCAACAAGUUUCAGGCCGCCAUCUCAGCAUGGAGGAAUAUUGACAUGACCACCCUGGUCUCCGGCCUCGACAACACUGCUUCCGAGAUCGUAACAUACCAACGGGAUUCAACUGUCCAGAGGAAGGACUUGGCGCAGAAGACUAAGGAUUUCAGGAAACUGGAUGAUGCUACCAAGCUGUCCGAGAUCAAGGGGUUGCUGAAAGCCUACCAAACGUUCAUCGAUCUGUUGACCAACCACUCCAAGUCGGUCAACUCGGCAUUCCUCCAUGCCUACACAUCACUGUCCGACGCACCGGAUCCGUACCCACUACUCGAAGCGGCCGUCGACUCCAUGCUUGUCUCUGAGGAGACCCUCCCGAGAGUCACGGAAGAGAACGAGCGCCUGCAGGGCUCUGUGGCGGGGCUCACAGCGCAGCUGGAAGACACAGAGUCGAGGUUGCAAUCGGAGAGAGAAGCUCGAAAAAAGCUUGAAGACACGCUCGAAAGCAAGGUCAAGGAAGUUGAAUCGUCCUGGAUCGCAGUACUGGACGAGAAGAAGGACAAUUGGGCCGCAAAGGAGAAGACCUUGGAAGACAAGGUCGAGAACCAGGAGCGCCUGCUCAACGAGGUCAAGGCCAGCUACGAGGUUAACCAACGUCUCGGGAAGUCUGAAGAUGACGAGGAAGAGCCCAAGGGCCAUGUCACCAGCGCCGAACUCGAGAUGGUACACUCAGACCUCGAACGAACCAGCAUGAGGUUGGCCGAGGUCGAGGCGCGCAAUGAACAGAUGCGGCUCGAGCUUGCGCAGGCCAAGUCACAGGUACCUAGCCAGCAAGCCACAGCACUAGAGGACGAUCCGGGCUACAUGCGCAUGAGAUCCGAGAACUCGUCUCUGAUACGGAAGCUGGACGCCUCGAGGGUAGAGAAAGAAACCCUGAAGCGAGACCUGGACGCGAAGCUGCGCACGCUGGAGAGGGAAGUGAGCUCUUUGAAGGAGGAUCGGGACGCAUUAAAGGCGAAGGUGCAGAAAUGGGGCGACUAUGACGAUAUCAAGCAAGAAUUAGAAGUGCUCAAGAGCAUUGAAUUCUCGACAGGCGACGAUGAUGAGGUCAAGGAUCUAAUAGACGACCAAAACGGGGACGCCGCGAAGGGCAAGGGGGAUACGCUGGAGCAGCUGCUACUGGCGAGAAACAAGAAGCUGAGUGAAGAAUUGACGAUACUACGGGUUUCUCACCAGGACCUCCAGGGCAGACUAUCAGAUCUAUCCGAGGAGAUGUCCCGGACCAACGCGGAGCUUGAGAAAUCUCAAAACCUGAACGAGAAGUUGGAGAACGACCUCGCCAACAUCCAGUCGGAGCAUUCGAAUGCUUUCCCAUCAGGAGCAUCUGUGGCGGGUACAUACGUCAGCAGGUAUGCGCCAUCAAUGGCGGCCGGCCGCAGGGGUGGGGGAGGCCGCACAUCGCCCACGUCGUCCAUAAUCAGCGGUUUCAACCCGCGGGACUCGGGCGGCGAGCCCAUGGGCGGUGGCUCUGGGAUUCUCCCCAUGAUCACGGCGCAAAGGGACCGCUUCAAGAAGCGCAACGCCCAGCUGGAGCAGGAGCUCUCCGACACCCACCGCAGCGUCUCCCAGCUCCGCCAGGAAAUCGCGGCGUUGCAGAAGGACAACCUCAACCUCUACGAGAAGACCCGCUACGUGUCGUCCUUCAACCGCAGCAGCAACAGCACCGCGGCGGUGACCUCGUCCUCGUCAUACGCCAACAACCCCAACCCGUCAACAGUGACCAUUGGCGGCAACGGCGGCGGGUCUGGCGGGAUGGACCGGUACCGUGCCGCCUACGAGUCGAACAUAAGCCCGUUUGCGGCAUUCCGCGGGAGGGAGUCUGCGCGGGCAUACAAGCGCAUGAGCUUCCCUGAGAGGGUGGUGUACUCGGUCACCAGGAUGGUGCUAGCGUCCCGGACGAGCAGGAACCUGUUCGCCGCGUACUGUGUUGCGCUGCACCUCUUGGUGUUCUUCUCGCUGUAUUAUAUGGGGUCAUCGGAUGCGGAUCAGCAGGCCACCAAUUUUGGGCAGACGGCUGCUGCUGCUGUGGUUGCUGCCGGCGGUAGUGGGAGCGGUAGUGGGGCUGGGAGUGCAGGGCACGGGAAUUGGAAGGAGGGCGCUUUUGAUGAUAAGUCAUGAGAGACGGAGAGAUCAGUUGCAGAGAGACAAUAUAAGAGGUAUAUUCAGGGACAGUGUCAAAGAGUGGGUGCUCGAGGCUUCUGUCCACAACGAGCCGUCCUGGAAUCAGGCUCUCUCAGCGACCUGGGAGACACCGAGGAGCCGGCUGCACUGCAAGCCCAUGCUCCUGAGAUCCAUCUAUCCUGGUGUCCCGGUGUUGUGGUAACAUGCACGGAUAAAUGGACGCUAGUAGGCGCUAGUGGUUGGCAUGCUGUCGGCCCGUUCCCGGCCUGAUUAGACGGUCGCCGGAAGCGGGUGCCUCGGCAUGGCCGACCUCUUGUGACUCACUCUUCAGAAAAUUUCUGCCAUUCACCCCCAUACUUAAGCAAUCAAUAAUAGCCCCCCUGCAACAACAGCUACAUAGCUCAGGGGAAGAGCGCCGGGCUCAUAACCCGGAGGUCGCUGGAUCGAAACCAGUUGUAGCUACAAAGUUGUCUUUUUUUGUUGAUCUUUUUUAGUUUUUGGUGACAGGGUCUUUUUUUCUGGGGCACUGCCACACCCUGCUUGAAUUGAUUUCAGACCAGGUUCAGUGAUCACCUGUGUGGAUAUGACUCUUUCUGCCUUGCAUCUGUCCAAAUCUGAGGGAUCGUGGCUGAAGCCUUUGUUUGUUCAAACAUAUGCGUUGUGCUGAGGCUGCACAUGUGCCACCACCAACAUCAAGAUCAUGCUUUGCCUAGCCGUUCCUUCACAACUGUGCUGGGGAUGUCAGAUCACAAACUUUAAAAAAUUAG